AAUCCUCAAAACUCUCGAGUUGUACAUGCUGCACAACAACUUGCCGUGCAGAAUGCUAUCCAGCGUCAAUUCCAACUGAGAUUCGGUGGAUUGCGCGCGGCUGCAAGAGAGCGCCAGCGCCCAGCAAUAUUGAAGAGGGACGCAGGUGGUGACAUUUCUGAAAAAAUGGGCUUGGCAUUCUAUUCAUUUAUGAGCCGAGCGGCAUCCGAAGGAGUGGUCGCGUCAGCAGUUGGCCGGAGGACGGACGUAUUACCUUUUUCGCAACCCAGACGUGACACACAAACUUUGCGACGGUCUGGCGACGGGGCACGGGCAGCUAUGAGUGGUGGAUAUUAUCAGCUAUCAAGAACGAACAGUGAAGAUGGAGACAAAUUCGAAGGUUUAGACGAGCGAGGGUCGGCCUUGGUGACUAUUCCUACAAGUCCAUAUUAUCGCUCCGAAGACUAUCAAGAGAUUCCGACGCGGCUUCUUCACCAAUACUACGAGUCGGCGGUCACGGUUCGACAACAAGACGACAUCCCAAAAACAGGCUCGUACUCGUCUGCUCCAUCGUCGCCGGCCUCAUCAUCAGCUUUGCAAUCUAUGGAGCACACCGAGACGAGAUUGAUUCAUUUUAUUACGAACAGUUCAAGAUGGCGACACCUGGCGCUGCCUGUCUCGCAGACCAAUCCUCGCCGGAGAGCUAUGUAUUCUGGAGCCCUUCUUCCUGGAAAAACCGAGCCAUCUAUCAUUGCAUCUCUCAAAAGGCGGCACCCCCUUCACAGGCGGGUGCUUGGACGACUAUUACACGAAUGGAACACGCUCAAGGCCCUCGCCCAUGAACAAGCUGUGGAUUCAUUAGGAGAGGAGGACGAGGGUACUGAUGAUGACGGUGAUGAUGCUCAAGAAGAAGAGGCCAAUGCCCACCUCUAUCGGGAUCAUGAUGAAUUGAAACACUCGCUGCGCUCGGUGCUUCAAAAUUUCCGCGAGUCGACGAGAAAGUUUAUCAUUUUGACGUCUGAUUUCGAGUUCCCCGUUUCCUAUUCGCCAUUGAAAUAUCUUCUUGGAUUGGACAAGCGUUCGACAGUGCCUCAACAAGACGUGCCCGCCAAACAGCGACGACGAAAACGAUCGUUCGACAGUGCUGAACAGCCGAAUGAAGAGAUGGAAGAGGAUCUGGAAGAAGAUGAGGAGCCGUUUGGAUUUGCUCGGCUUGGAUUGUUGCCUCAGUGGCUCCGCUUUGAUGAUACCUCGCGGGACCAUAGGGAAGGUGCCCAGGCUCCAGGGCAAUGGAGAGAUGGCGACGUACAACUCGAGGUCGUACACCAUGCCGAAGUGUACGACGAGUAUGACGAUACCGUGUUUAACAGCAACUCGAUCGAAUCUCAACUCGGCAACUUGGGUGGAAACAAUGCCUUCCACUUUGGCCUCGUCUUUCGGUUGAUUGCGUACCCGUUCAACCUCGUUAAUCCUUUCCACUACCCCGGUGGCUCACCUACGGGUGAAUGGAGGCCCAUGGAGUUUACCAACUGGCUCAUCUCGGAACGAUUUGGUUAUCGGAGACGGCCGUAUACGAUGCACCAGGUCAAGGUGUUGCAGGGCGGUUUGAUGCGCGAGAUGUGGGAGACUUGGAGGGAGCAAGAAGCUAUCAACCGCGACCACAAAUUUAGAGGGUUGGGGGGACUCAAUGAGGUGUUGCCGGAUGAGGAAAAGGAUAACGAUGUUGACCCGUUGCAUUACCCACCCAAGCCCCAACCGUCUGAAGAGGAGGAUGAUGAUGUUGUUGGGACGACUGAGCAGCUGAAGAGGAUGAUCAAGAGGCAUUCCGAAGAGCGUGAAGAGCCGGUGGCGAAUACCACCGUACCCUCUGAAGAGCAGCAAACUCGUCGCAAGCAAGGAGGCAUCGUAGAUGAAGACGAGCAAGAUACCGGUCCUGGUCCAAUGAUCAAUAACAAAGGGCUAGUCGACGAUGGAGAUGCGCACGUCAUGUUCCUCUUUACCCACUUUGUCAUUGAGCGGUCACGAGAGGCCAUGUUGUGGUCGUGGAUCGUUGCCACCCUCGGAGGGGACCGUGACGAGUUUGGAAUCAACCAGCGGAAUCAGGCGUGGAAGACGCUCGUGGAGGAUUCCCAUUCAGAGUUGCGGAACCGCGGUGUGAUUGAGGUGUUGGUCGAGAGGCGCAAGACGAUGGAGCCGUGGCGCGUCCAGUGGGCUUUGGAUCAACAGGCGAGUCAGGAUGGAUACGCGUAUUCGUACUAUGACCAGAAAAAGGGUCUCGAGUGGUGGCACGGUGGUUCGACGUACUGGCCUACCUUGUACAAUGGUGACCACUUUUAUCCUGAGCCAAAGGACCGACGGGAGUGGACCAAGUGCACCAUCGACUGGAAUGUCUGCUUUGGCUCGGAAAUGUCGAGUGCGAGCGAGAUCUUUAAGCGGGUUGCCUUUGAAAAGACCGAUGUUUCAUAUAUUCAAUUGUUGGUAGUCCUUAAAGCACUUGUCAAGGCUAGUGGUGACCUUGGUCUCUCGGCUCUCCUUCCUCCAGCAGACCGAGUAUACCGAACAGAACCCGAGAAUUUAGAGUCUCAGACUCCUCCGAGCCCCAUCCCGGUUGGAGAAGAGGAUGUUCCACCUCAUCUACCCCUCACUUCUCACUGGAAGACAGCCAACUUUUCGCUUCCCGCAGUAUUUGCCUCUGGAUACUGGGAUAAAGAUGGAACUGGUGUCAGUCUUCGAGAGUGGGUACAACGGGCGCUCGAACGCUACCGCUAUGUUAUUG